CGCUCUGCCCUGUGCGUGGAGCACCGAGAUCCAGGCCAGGACCAUGUCCCAGCUGGUGGAAUGCGUUCCCAACUUCUCCGAGGGGAACAACCAGGAGGUGAUCGACGCCAUCUCCCGGGCCGUGGCGCAGACCCCGGGCUGCGUGCUGCUGGACGUGGACGCGGGCCCCUCCACCAACCGCACCGUCUACACCUUCGUGGGCCAGCCCAAGGACGUGGUGGAGGGGGCCCUCAACGCCGCUCGGGCCGCCUUCCGGCUCAUCGACAUGAGCCAGCACAAAGGGGAGCACCCUCGGAUGGGCGCCCUGGACGUGUGCCCCUUCAUCCCGGUGAGGGGUGUCACCAUGGAUGAGUGUGUGCUCUGCGCCCAGGCCUUUGGCCAACGCCUGGCGGAGGAGCUGGGUGUGCCCGUGUACCUCUACGGGGAGGCGGCGCAGACAGCCGGGCGCCGGGCCCUGCCGGCCAUCCGGGCCGGGGAGUAUGAGGCGCUCCCAGAGAAGCUCAAGCAGGCCGAGUGGGCGCCUGACUUUGGUCCCAGCACCUUCGUCCCCAGCUGGGGGGCCACUGUCACGGGGGCACGGAAAUUCCUCAUUGCGUUCAACGUCAACCUGCUCAGCACCAAGGAGCAGGCGCACCGGAUCGCCCUCAACCUCCGGGAGCAAGGGCGCGGGAAGGACCAGCCAGGACGCCUGAAAAAGGUGCAGGGCAUUGGCUGGUACUUGGACGAGAAGAACCUGGCCCAGGUGUCCACAAACCUCCUGGACUUCGAGGUGACAGCGCUGCAUACCGUCUAUGAGGAGGCCUGCCGAGAAGCGCAGGAGCUGAGCCUCCCGGUGGUGGGCUCACAGCUGGUGGGCUUGGUGCCUCUGAAGGCCCUUCUGGAUGCCGCCGCCUUCUACUGCAAGAAGGAGAAUCUCUUCGUCCUGGAGGAGGAGCACCGCAUCAGGCUGGUGGUGAACCGGCUGGGCCUGGACUCUCUGGCCCCUUUCAACCCUAAGGAGCGGAUCAUCGAGUACCUGGUCCCCGACCGCGGGCCUGAGCGGAGCCUGGUGGACGAGCCCCUGGGUGCCUUUGUCCGCGAGGUGGGCGCCCGCUCAGCGGCCCCGGGGGGCGGCUCUGUGGCAGCGGCCAGUGCAGCCAUGGGCGCCCCACUCCGCACCCACUCUGGGGCCCCUGAGGCCUGCAGCCACUCCGCACCCACCCCGGGGCCCCUGAGGCCUGCAGCCACUCCGCACCCACUCUGGGGCCCCCGAGGCCUGCAGCCACUCCGCACCCACCCCGGGGCCCCUGAGGCCCACAGCUGGCCUGGCACCCACCCCGGGGCCCCUGAGGCCCGCAGCUGGCCCAACGCCCAGGCGCACAGACCCUGGAGGAAGGCAUCAGGAGGGGUGUCCCAGGAGGAUGUCUGGGUCACAGAGCCGUCGGCCAGCCUCAUCGGGGUAUCGCGGCCUUCUUGUUGGCACUGGGGACACUGCUGUGUGAACACGUCUGGCGUCUGUCCCUGGGCGCUGGGGGCCGCCUGUGGGAAUGAUCCGCAGGGCUUGCUGCCCAAGGUGGCUGUGCUUCUCACUUUGAAGGCUGCUGCCAAGUGGCCCUUGGGGGGCUGCACGGAUGGGGCCCCGCCCGAGAGGUCUGAGGGCUCCUCCCUGGACCCCGCCAUCGGACUUGCAGUCACCCGUGGUUUGUCUCUGGAGCUGCCCUGGUGUGCGCUGCUCAGUGUGGGCAGCCAGGAGCGUUUCCCGAACGAAGCGACAAAGCUGCCCAAGAACACGCCUGAGGAAAGGGAGCGGCGGGCGGCUGCCCUGCAGGAGGGGUUGAGGCAGGCGGUGGCCGUGCCCUUGGCGCUGGCAGAGAAGGUGACCUCACUGUGGCCCGCGCUGCAGGAGCUGGCACAGUGUGGAAACGUGGCCUGCCGCUCGGACCUGCAGGUGGCAGCCAAAGCCCUGGAGACGGGUGUGUUCGGGGCGUAUUUCAACGUGCUCGUCAACCUGAAGGGCAUCACCGACAGUGUGUUUAAGGAGCAGACCCACCAGCACAUCUGCAGCCUCCUGCAGGAAGCCAAGACCCAGGCGGCGCUGGUGCUGGACUGCCUGGCGGCCCGGCAGGAGUGAGGGCGCCGGGGACCUCGUGAACGCUGCACCCCUCAGUGCCCCUCCCCUUCCCCGGAAGGGUCCAGCCUCCAGACCGGCCCCUGUGGGGCGCUGAGCGGGCUGGGUGGGGCGGCAGGAUCGCCCCCCAUCUCUUGUGGCUUCUAGUAAAGUCCUGACACACCA